CCUCGGGGCGAGAGAGCGGGCAGCCGGCGGCGGCACUUACGGGCGUGGGGCUGCGCGCUUUCUUUCUCGGCCGGCGGCACGGUGCUUUCCGGCUGCCGUCAAGCGCGGCAGCGGGCCGCGGGCGGGGGUCCAGGGGCUGCCAUGGCGGCGGCGGGCGGGCUGCCGAGUUCCUGGGUGCUGCUGGCGCCGCUGCUUGGGGGCCUCGCGCUGCUGGGAGUCGGGCCGGUCCCCGCGCGGGCGCUGCACAACGUCACGGCCGAGCUCUUUGGGGCCGAGGCCUGGGGCACCCUGGCGGCCUUCGGAGACCUGAACUCUGACAAGCAGACGGACCUCUUCGUGCUGCGGGAAAGAAAUGAUUUAGUCAUCUUUUUGGCAGACCAGAAUGCACCCUAUUUUAAACCCAAAGUAAAGGUAUCCUUGAAGACUCACAGUGCACUGAUAACAAGUGUAGUCCCAGGGGAUUAUGACGGAGAUUCACAAAUGGAUGUCCUUCUGACGUAUUUUCCCCAAAAUCAUGAGAAGAAUGAAUUAGGAGCUGUUAUCUUCUGGGGACGAAACCAAACAUUAGAUCCUAACAAUAUGACCAUACUCAAUAGGACUUUUCAAGAUGAACCACUAAUUAUGGACUUCAAUGGUGAUUUAAUUCCUGAUGUAUUUGGUGUCACAAAUGAAUCCGACCAGCCACAGAUACUAUUAGGAGGGAAUUUAUCAUGGCAUCCUGCAUUGACUACUAAAAACAAAAUGCGAACUCCACAUUCUCAUGCCUUUAUUGAUCUGACUGAAGAUUUUACAGCAGAUUUAUUCCUCACGACAGUGUCUACCUCCAGUACCGUCCAGUUUGAGAUAUGGGAAAAUUUGGAUGGAAAUUUCUCUGUCAGUACUGUAUUUGAAAAACCUCAAAAUAUGAUGGUGGUUGGACAGUCAGCAUUUGCAGACUUUGAUGGAGAUGGACACAUGGAUCACUUACUGCCAGGCUGCGAAGAUAAAAACUGCCAGAAAAGCGUCAUUUACUUAGUGAGAUCUGGAACAAAGCAGUGGGUUCCAGUCUUACAGGACUUCAGCAAUAAGGGCACACUCUGGGGCUUUGUGCCAUAUGUGCAUGAAGAAUCACCAACUGAAAUACCAAUUCCAAUUACCCUUCAUAUUGGAGACUACAACAUGGAUGGCUAUCCAGAUGCUCUUGCCAUACUGAAGAAUACAUCUGGAAGCAAUCAACAGGCCUUUUUACUGGAGAAUGUCCCUUGUAAUAAUGCAAGCUGUGAGGGGGCACAUCGCAUGUUUAAAGUCUACUGGGAGCUGAUGGACCUAAAUCAAAUCAGAGAUGCUGUGGUUGCCACCUUCUUUGACAUUUAUGAAGAUGGAAUCUUGGACAUUGUAGUACUAAGUAAAGGAUAUACAAAGAACGAUUUUGCCAUCCAUACACUAAAAAAUAACUUUGAAGCAGAUGCUUAUUUUGUUAAAGUCAUUGUUCUUAGUGGUCUCUGUUCUAAUGACUGUCCUCGUAAGAUAACCCCCUUUGGAGUAAAUCAGCCUGGACCUUAUAUCAUGUAUACAACUGUAGAUGCAAAUGGAUAUCUGAAAAAUGGUUCAGCUGGACAACUCAGCCAGUCGGCAUAUUUGGCUCUCCAACUACCGUACAAUGUACUUGGUUUAGGUCGAAGUGCAAAUUUUCUUGAUCAUCUUUAUGUUGGUAUUCCCCGUCCAUCUGGAGAGAGGUCUAUACGAAAACAAGAGUGGACUGCAAUCAUUCCCAAUUCCCAGCUAAUUGUCAUUCCGUAUCCUCACAAUGUUCCUCGAAGCUGGAGUGCCAAACUCUAUCUUACACCAAGUAACAUUGUUCUCCUUACUGCUAUAGCUCUCAUCGGUGUCUGUGUUUUCAUCUUGGCAAUAAUUGGCAUUUUACAUUGGCAAGAAAAGAAAGCAGAUGAUAGAGAAAAACGACAAGAAGCCCAUCGGUUUCAUUUUGAUGCCAUGUGACUAGCCUUUACUAUUACAUAAAGGCAACGGAACAGCUAUUCACUUGAUUAAUUGAAAUACUAAAUUUGGACUGUAGAAGAAAAUAGGAGAUUUUGAAUAUUAUUUAUAAAUGAUGCAUCUCUUGGUAAUUAUUGGAAAGUGUUCAAAUAAAUAUGGUCUGAAUGUGUCACAAGAUCUUUUUUUAAAGCACUUUUUAUACAGUAAUUUGGGUUCUUUAUUCAAUUGUGCUGUACAUUUUUGUUUCUUUGUGGAAUGUGUUGCAUGUACUCAGGUGUUUAUGUAUUUAUAAUCUUAUUAGAAUAAUGAUGAUGGGAAAAGACAUGUGUAAAUAAAAAUAUUUAAAUGAGCAGG